CCUUCUGAUUCCUGCAGCUCUGCUGGGUGCCAUGAUGGACCUCUCUGUCGGUGGGGCUCCCUUGGAGAAGAACCCCUGGGGGCCGCCUGCUGUGUCCCCCAGCCCAUGAUAAGCACAGGCUCUGCGCCCUGCCCAAGGCGCUGCUGGCUGUGGCUCCUUGUGCCCGGGCCCAAGGGGACUCCUUCCCCAUCUGCCUGCGGUGCCUGCAGCCCCUCGGUCCCCUCUCUCUUCUGCCCCAGCUUCUGUCCCCAGCUCCUGCUCCCCCUGAAGCACAGAUGGUGCUCCCCUGGGGCUGCGGCUGCCCCAGCCUCACCGGCCAUGCCAGGGGUCUCCUGACUUCCCUCGUCACUCUGCUCCUCCUCCGGCUGGGCUCAGCCCAGCUCAGAGUGGAGGGACCAGGCCAGCCUCUCACUUCCACCGUGGGGCAGGAUGUCGUGCUGCCCUGCCACUUGUCCCCUCGCAAGGAUGCUCACAGCUUGGAUAUCAGGUGGAUCCGGGAUGAGUUCUCUGAGACAGUGCACCACUACCGCAAUGGAGAGGAUCUGUACGGGGAGCAGAUGGGGGCAUAUGCUGGGAGGACAGAGUUGGCCAGAGAUGGUCUCUCUGCUGGAAGCCUGGACUUGCGAAUCACCAGGGUGAGACCCUCUGAUGAUGGCCACUACUUCUGCACUGUGAAAGAUGUUAACGCUUAUGACGAAGCUAUUGUGGAGUUGGAGGUAUCAGCCACAGGUGCUGACCCCCACCUCUCCCUGGGGGGCUACGAGGCCAGAGGCGUCCGGGUGCUGUGUCGAUCGGCCGGCUGGUACCCACUGCCACAGCUGCUGUGGAGGAAUGCUCGCGGGCAGCAUCUGCCCUCGGUCUCCCAGUCACAUUCCCAGGACCAGGAGGGGCUCUUUGAAAUUGAAGGUGCCGUCAUCGUGACCGGGAGCGUGGAGGGGCCCUUGUCCUGCGUUGUCAGGAGCAGCCGCCUCCAGCAGGAGAGGAAAUUUUCCCUGCACAUUGCAGCUCCCUUCUUCCACAAUGCCCAGCCCUGGAAGGUGGCUCUGGCUCUGGUCCUCGUGCUUUUGGCUGUGUCCAUUGGCCUCAAUGCAUACCUCUUUCGAAAGAAAGCGACACAGAGCCGAGAGCUGGUGAAUACAGAUGCAAAGCUAGAGGAACAAGCUGCAGAGAUCGAGGAAAAAGAUGCAAGACUGGAGGAACAAGCUGCAGAGCUGGAGAAACAAGCUGCAGAGCUUGAGGAAAAAGAUGCAAAGCUGGUGGAGCAAGCUGCAGAGCUGGCAUGGAGAAGGUUUCUGCUGCCUCAUAAUAGAGUGAAGGUGACCCUGGAUCCGCGCACGGCUCAUCCACGGCUCAUCUUCUCAGAGGCCUUCAGCAGUGUGAGAUGGGAAAGUGAAUGGCAGCAGGUGCCUGACAGCCAGGAGAGAUUUGACCGUUGGUGCUGCGUGCUGGGCCGUGAGGAGUUCAGAGAGGGGAGGCACUGCUGGGUGGUGGAGGUCAAGGGGGAGCACCGAAAAUGUUCUUGGUGGGCUGUGGGGGUGGCCAGGGCUUCUGUGGAGAGGAAGAAAGGGAUCAGCAUAUGCCCCAAAGAAGGGAUCUGGGCUAUUCAGUACAAUGAAGGAGAUCUCGUGUCUCUUACAUCUCCUCGCACCUACUUCUCCAUGUCCCAAAACCCCACGAGGAUCUGGGUCUGUCUGGACUGUACCCAGCAGCAGGUGUCUUUUAUCAACGCUGACAAUGGGGUGGAGAUCUUCACAUUCACAGCAGCCUCCUUCAAUGGGGAGAGCAUCCGCCCCUGGUUUUUGCUGGAAAUGCCGGGAAUUCAGCUGUGCCUGAGGGACAGCACCCCCCAGACCCUGUCCCCAGCCCUGGGGGGCUCCUGCCCUUCUCCAGCCACUCCUGCAUCACCUCUCCUUGGUCCUCCAGCAGCAGCACAGGAAUGAGGAGCAGUGGGGCCAGAGGCUGCCCCACGUUCCUCCCCGCUGCUCCAGUGCCGGGGCACAAGCUCUGCUGGCAUCUGCGAGUCUCACCUUGCCUCUGAGCCCCAGAGGGCAGCACAAGGGCUGCAGCAGCUCUCCACGCUCCUCUCCCGUCUGCUUGCACUGCUUGCAGAACCCCAGUGCAAGGGAUGUGGUCACCGUGUGCUGCCAGCCAUUGCAGGCCACCUUUGCCUCCUAGUUCGGGGUUGAUCUUUGCUCUGUGCCUGGUGCUGAGCAUGAGCAGCUUGUGGGGGCUCUUUGUUCCCUCCUCUGGAGCACAUCAAGGCACAGUAGCAGCAGCACUGCGGCAAAUAAAGUUUUGCACAGGAAGAUGGAGUCUGGCAGUGGCAUUUCCUGGGUGCUUUCUGUCCUGAGGCUUUGCUGCCUGGGAAGGCGUCUUGCAGCAGACCAUCUCCUUGGUGUUAGUCCUGGGAGUCAGAGCCAGGAGGAACCUAAGCUCCAGCUGCCCCCGGUUCCCCAGCUGAUGCCUGGGACCCACUUGUCCCAUCUGGGUCAUUGCCCUGUCCUGGGGGCACCCAAAGAGCUUCCAGCCUCCCAUUACACAGGCUCUGCAGAAGCUGUGCUCAUAGGGGGGCAUCACCAGCUCUUGGAUGUCCUCCAGGCAGAGGGAGCAGGUGGUCUCAGGCUUCAGCCAUGAAUCACAGAAUAGCCCAAAUCAGUAGGGACCCAACAGGACUAUUGACUCCGUUUUCUGGCUCCACAAAGUACCUACCAAAAAUCAGACCCUUUCCCUGAGAGCCUUCUCCAAAUGCUCCUUGAGCUGCGGUAGGCCCAGGGCCAUGGCCAUGUCCCUGGGGAGCCUGUUCCAGUGCCCAACCACCCUCUCAGGGAAGAACAUUUUCUGAACAGCCAGCCUGAGCCUCCCCUGUGGCAGCUCCAUGCCGUUCCCUGUCAAGUGACGGACCAAUGGCUUCUCCGGUCCUACUUCUCCUGUUUAGGUAUUUUUGAAAAAUCCUUUUUAUUGUCCCCCACAGUACUGUCAAGCUUCAACUCAAAUUGAGCUUUGGCCAUUUGAAUCUUUCCCCAUAGGGACGAGGGCAGCAGAUCCAGAGGCGUGCCUUAGUUCCUUAAAGAACAGAAGGUCAUCCAUGUCAUCAUCCUGGCUGAAUGCAGAAGCUGUCCCUCCUGUCUUUGGAAGCCAUUUCCAUGCCCAAGCCCCCACCCUGCUGCAACACGGCUUCUCUUUCCAGAGGGUGAAUGGUCUGCCCAUUUCUUCCUCCUCUGGGAUGGGCAGAGCUGGGGAGUGGGGCUGGUUCUUCGCCCUCACCACUCUGGGCAAAGGGGGGCAGCCCAACGGUCAGCACUGAGGUGCAGAAAACAAACUUCACAACUCCUGAAGAGUUAUAAAGCAAGUAUGUUUAUUGCAGUGCUGGGUGCAAGGGGAUCGCUCCUCGUAGCUUGCACACCAAGGGUUACUGCCAGGGUGUUUAUAUUGAUGGGAUAUAUACAUAUUCAUUUCAUUUCCCAAAAGUCUCUUACAUAUUCAUCAGGUCUCUGGAGAAUCAUUAACAUAGGUUCCCAUCCCUAUUCGCAUGCACGCUAGAGUCCUCGGGUGGUCGUCCAGCGUACUCUGGUGGUCUUUUGAUGAAGGACAGAAGUCUUCCUCGCUGCUAAACUUCCUUUUAUUUACGGACUUCAGCAAUCCAAGACAGUUCUUGCUGGUUCCAUUAUCUAUGCAUGCAGUCUUUUACUCCCUUAUCUUUGGGAUUGCCCUCUCCUUGUGGUUAACACACAAUUGUGUUAGCUAAGAAGUAGUCAACACACUUUACCUUGUUCCCUGUCUCAGUCUUUUAGAGUCAUCCUGUCCUCGUACUCCCUACCUCAGUCCUGUCCUUGAGGUUGAUAUACAACAUAGUCCCUGGGUUAGCUAAAACCUGCAAAAUCGCCAUGCUUUCCCUUGUUCCCUGUCUCAGCACCCAGCUGCGCCACUUUCCCUGCAGCCUCUGAUCCCGCUCUGCUCUGGAGCCUCUUGCUCCCAUCCCCCAAGUGUCCGAGCUCCUCCCAGAGUUUUACUGUUGUCCGGAAC